AUGUCGGCAGUAUUAUGGCGAGGAGGCGCGUCGGGUCGAGCGUUGGCGGGGUCCUCGCGAGGUCGGCCGGCGGUGGGGAUUGACUUGGGCACGACGAAUUCGUGUGUGGCGGUAUACGAAGGUGGACAGGCGGUGGUGGUGGCGAAUAAGGAGGGUGGACGGACGACGCCGAGUAUGGUGGCCUUUGCGGCGGGUGAGGAGGAGCCGUUGGUUGGUGUGGUGGCGAAGCGGCAAGCGGUGGUGAACCCCAAUACGUUGUUUGCGACGAAGCGAUUGAUGGGGCGUAAAUUCGCGAAUGUGAAGCAGGAGGCGCGUAGCAUGCCUUACGGUAUCGUUGAAAGUGCCAACGGUGACGCCUGGCUCCAAGUCGACGGGCGCAGCUACAGUCCCAGCCAAGUGGCCGCCAUGGUGUUGCAGAAAAUGCGAGAAACCGCGUCCGCGUAUUUGGGAGAAGACGUGCGCGACGCCGUCAUUACGGUCCCCGCAUACUUCGACGAAACUCAGCGACAGGCAACCAAGGACGCCGGCCGCAUCGCAGGUCUCAAUGUACUUCGGAUCAUAAAUGAGCCCACCGCCGCCGCACUCGCCUACGGCCUCGACAAGACCGGCAUGGACUCGGCAUCGACCUCGGCAUCGGGCGGUAGGACGUCGUCAUCGGGCGGUAAGACGAUCGCAGUGUACGAUUUGGGUGGUGGCACGUUCGACAUCUCAAUUUUGGAGUUGAACGGCGGUGUAUUUGAAGUCAAGGCGACGAACGGACACAGCAGCCUGGGUGGCGAGGACGUGGAUACGGCGCUGACGGAUAGUUUGGUGGCGCGUUUCCAACGGCGCACGGGUGUGGACUUGAGCUCGGACCGGGCGGCGGUACAGCGUGUACGGGAGGCAGCGGAGACGGCGAAACAGGAGUUGUCUAGUCGGCGCGAGACGGAGGUGAACCUUCCCUUCAUCGGCGUAGACGCGGCGGGACAGGUGCAACAUUUGCGCGAGAAAUUGACGCGCGCGGAUUUGGAGGAAAUUGCGGACCCGAUCCUGCAAAAAACGGUGGAGCCGUGCCGAAAAUGUUUGAUGGACUCGGGGGUGCCGCGGGAGGCGGUGGACGAGGUUAUUCUGGUAGGCGGCAUGACCCGGAUGCCGAAGGUGCGCGAAGUAGUCGAACAAGUUUUUGGGCGCAGACCAAACACGAGUGUGCAUCCCGACGAAGCUGUCGCAAUCGGAGCCGCGGUUCAAGCUGGCGUCCUCACCGGCGGCCGUGACGACUUGUUGUUGCUGGACGUAAUCCCGCUUAGCCUAGGCAUCGAGACCAUGGGCGGCGUUUUCACUCGUCUUAUUGACCGGAACACGACCAUCCCCACCAAGCGGAGCUCGCUUUUCAGCACCGCCGUAGACAACCAAGACAAGGUCAACAUCAAGGUCUUCCAGGGCGAACGGCUCAUGGCCAACAGCAACAAGCUGCUCGGACAGUUCGAAUUGGCCGGCAUACCACCAGCACCGCGUGGAGUUCCUCAAAUCGAAGUUACAUUCGAGGUUGACGCAGACGGCUUGCUCAACGUCACAGCCAAAGAUAAAGCCACCGGCCAACGACAGGAAGUCACCAUCAAAUCCUCUGGAGGACUUAGUCCUGAAGAAAUCGAACAAAUGGUGACCGAAGCAGAAGCCCAUUACAAAAACGACCAAGACGCCAUGGAAUUUGCAACCAGCAAAAACGACGCAAACAAUCUCAUAUAUAAAGCUGAGCUCUUACAAAAACAAAUACCUGAUCUUACUCACAAGGAGAAGAACAUACUUGACGACGCCAUACAAAGUGUUAAGACCACCAACUCAGGCGCAGAGCUCCGUAGCGCACUGAAAGUACUUCAAGACAUACUAUGGGAUAUUUCCAGAACACAUAACUAA